ACUAUUUUCUCUCGCGAGGCUAGAGACGUUACGCGUGUCUCAUACGUCAGACGAAGAGUGAGCUGGAGGAUCAUGGCGGAGCGUAGAAGGCAAAAGAAACGAAUUCAGGAGGUGAGCGAGCCCUCCAAGGAGGAGAAGGCGGUGGCCAAGUACCUCCGCUUCAACUGCCCCACCAAGUCCACCAACAUGAUGGGCCACAGGGUGGACUACUUCAUCGCUUCCAAGGCAGUGGACUGUCUCCUGGACUCUAAAUGGGCCAAGGCCAAAAAGGGGGAUGAGGCUGUGUUCACCACCAGGGAGUCUGUAGUGGACUACUGCAACAGACUGCUGAAAAAGCAGUUUUACCAUCGAGCUCUGAAAGUGAUGAAGAAGAAACCGGAGAAGGACACCAAGAAAGAGAAGGAGAAGGAGAAAGAGAAGGAGAAGGAGAAAGAGAAGGAGAAGGAGAAGGAGAAGGCCAAAAGCGACAGUGGCAGAGAGGAGGAGAAGAAGGGCAAGAAGGAGAAAGAGAAGAAGAAGGAUCCAGAGGUUUCAGACUCAAAGAAGGAGAAGAGUGAUGAUAGCCCUGGAACACCAAAGAAGAAGAAAGAUGUGAAGAAGAAGUUCAAGCUGGAGCCUCAUGACGACCAGCUCUUUCUCGAUGGUAACGAGGUGUAUGUCUGGAUCUAUGAUCCGGUCCAUUUCAAAACCUUCGCCAUGGGCCUCAUACUGGUAAUUGCAGUGAUCGCUGCCACGCUGUUCCCUCUGUGGCCUGCGGAGAUGCGCGUCGGCGUGUACUACCUGAGCGUGGCGGCGGGAUGCUUCGUUGCCAGUAUCCUGCUGCUAGCUGUCGCUCGCUGCAUCCUGUUCCUGAUCAUCUGGCUGGUGACGGGCGGGCGCCACCACUUCUGGUUCCUGCCCAACCUCACGGCCGACGUGGGCUUCAUCGACUCGUUCCGGCCGCUCUACACGCACGAGUACAAGGGCCCGCGCGGCGCCGCCAAGAAGGGCGGGGAAGGCAAGGGGGACGACGGCAAGGCCAGCGAGGACGGCCAAUCGGAGAGCACCGCGGCCCCGGCGGCGCACAGGUCUGACAGCGAGGAGAAGUCCGACAGCGAGAAGAAGGACGGAGACGAGGAGGAGGAGGACGAGGAGGAAGAGGACGAGGGCAAGGAGGCGGAGGCGCCGGGGGCGGAGCAUCCGUCGGACACGGACAGCGACCGGCCGGAGGAUGAGGGAUCCCAGCACAGCAACGGGAAUGACUUUGAGAUGAUCACCAGAGAAGAGCUGGAGCAGCACACGGGAGAGGAGGAGGAGGAGGAGGAACAGCAGGGAGAGUCUGAGACCAAGCCCCCCUCCGGUCAAACAUAAACAUUUCAUCCCGACCUCGCCCCCACCACCACCGCCUGCCCACCUUCCCUGUGGUCCCAGGACCUUCUACAGUACUUCUUACCAUGUUUAAGGAGAGAGGCUCCCAUCUGUCUGUUGAGAUGUUCCACUCAAGAAUACAGAUACCCCCUCUGGAUAUGGACAACCGUGAAAAGAAACAACAGAAAAGCUAUGACAAUGGAAAAGAUGAAAAAAAAGCCUUAUUGUAGAUCAGAAAUCCCUUCUUUAUUUAAGAGAGAGAGAGAAAAUGCAAUGUAAAAACUACUAACAGAGUUGUCACCCAUGAGUUUAGUUCAGACUAUGUGAUCCGACCCUCCUUUUAUGAUGUUGGUUUGAGUUUGUUCACCCAUGUCAUGUUAACAUGACUAGUUUACGUGUUCUGUUGUGUGUCUAGGUUUUUCUUGUCAUCGUUUUAACAUUUUGUAUGCCACGCUAAGUCCCCUGUCAGUCUGUACAGACAGAAGGACAAGGCCAUCUUAGUCCUGCCUGUCAGUGGGGAAACUGGCAGUUUUUUUGCCUUCCAAAUUGUGAGUUUUCUUUGCAAAAGAUUCCGUGUGAUUGGUACAAUCAAGGUAAGGGUGAGCAGUGUUUGAGUGACUGUGCCCCCUCACACAGCUGCUCUGAGUGACUGUGCCCCUUCAUCUGGGCAGUUCACCUAGUCUCAGGCCCUGAUUACAUGUAAUAUAACUGACCAAUAAUUCACUAACCUGGAUGGACCAAACACUAUAGUUUACCCCCCCCCCCCCCCAGUGUUGGUAGUAUGCAUGGCCUAAUGUGACCACCAGGCAGCCGUGGUCACUUCCUGUUUCUACAAGGAAGUGAUGGCCUGUGUCGUUGUGUACACUCUCAGAACAAUGGCUGACAGGCAUUCGUUUAGUCUACGCAGGCCAGAAUCUGUUUUUGAGUUUAAAAAAAUUGUAUAAACGGCAUAUAAAUGGAGGUGGAAAAGGUACCGUUCAAGCUUUGUUUUUCUAUUUACUCAUAGACUCAGACCUCAAAAAUGAAAUGAAUACUAGUGCCAAACUACAAACUGAUUUCAUGCAUGCUGUUUUCACAUAGGAAGACAAUUGUAAGCAAGGGACUUUGGUACAUUUGUUCGUUUUUGUAAAUCAUAGUGUCAAAUUCCAAACCCAGCACAAUUGUAGUAUCUAAUUGUUGAGUUUAGGCUCUUACCAAAAUCAUGUCCUGGUGUGGAGUCCAUUUCCUGUUUUCAACAAGCCAUGCAAAGCAGACAGGACUCUGAUGCUCCCAGGCUGUAGGCCUGUUCUGUUCCAUCAGCAUCUCUGCUUUUGGUGCAUCACCUUCAUUGGUAUUCUAGUCAGAUGGGAUCACUGGGAUUGAGUUCCCAGUAAAUGACUAGUGACUCCACAUCCAUUUGAGACCAAUGGGGCAGUGGGUCAGCAUUCUAAAUAAGGCCGGGGUUUGACACUGGCCAAUGGUAGGUCUGCAUUACUUUGUUUAGAGUCGUUUUAGAUGCUUUUUUUACUCAUACUGAGGACAAUAUUUAAGCAAAGAAAAAUGUAUCAUUUAUAUAUGGAUUCUAUUGAUAUAUAUCAAAUAUAGGUAUACAUACUUAACAGUCCAAGAAAUUAUAAACCAACUUGUUCAACAUGAACAGUAUCCUAGUUUAUAGUGUUGUCAUUUUCACUUUGUUUAUUUCAAUGUGAUGUUUUUCCAUCAUACUCUUUGUAUGUUCUGUAGUAUCACAAAUGGGAAAACUGUCAAGGGAUUGUUACGGGGACCUCCUAGCAAGCUCAGGCUGAAGUUUAAUCCUUUUAGUUGAAUUCUAUUCAUCUUUCAUUAAUAUUUUUGAAUGUGUGGAAUGAAUAAUGGUAUGUAACUAGUUUGUCCAUAUGGGGGCUUACUUUCGAGUCCACACAUGACUCGUUAACUAUAGUUGAGAAACUUACUGUUCUACAGAACCAGUACAGUAUAUUGCAGCCACACACACACAUUGUAGUCAAAUUUACAACUGCUCUGUUGCAUACAGAAAGUGUGAUUGACAUCCCAGACCUGCACACGAUGAAUCCAACGUCUCCAAACUAAAAAGUCAUCGACCGCUCUCGGUUGUUUUUUUCUUCAUUGGAAGAGCUCGUUGAUGUCAGUAGCUUCUCUCCAGCUUGAUCUCCCGUCUGGUCCCCGGUCCCCCAACUCUGGUCCCCCAACUGUGGACCCCCUAGUCCCCUGGCUCACCUGAGGGACGUGUACUUACAUUUGUACAAUAUGUAGCUUCCUUUGAUUUGUUUUUCUAGUGUCAGCGUUGUCCUAAACCAGGUGAUCCCUUUCUCUAUCUGUCUUUUGGAGACAGUUGUCUGUAGUUUUAUUCUAAAUAUUCGGCAGAAAGUGUUGCACAGUAUCAGUCUGUUGUAUAUGGUUGUAUUAUUCUCUAUGCUGCUUUUCUGGAAUUAAAAUGAAUAGAAAAUGACCGUCAUGUUUCAUCUGCUCAACUGUCUUCGGCUACUUUAGUUGUCCAUGUUGGCAUCAAUAUCAUUUUGAGGACUGUCCCAUGCAAUAUUGAAGUAUAAUUUAAUUAAUUGGAUGGAAGUAUAUCUGUAUGUUAUCAUUGCAAUAAAAUAUAGAAAUCAA